AUGGCCAACUCAUUGAUACCCUGGUGGCCAAAGACCUGGAACCCGUUCUCACGGUGGCACACCGCGAGCCAUUACGACUAUGAAACGAUCCUGUCCUCUUUAGCGGAGGAAAUCAAACAGGUGGAAUCAACCCUCCUAGAUAUCAAAGCGCGGAAGCGUCGUGCUAUCCACAACGUUCUCCAGGUGAUGCUCACAUUAUGGAUUGUAUCUCUCGUCAUACUUUGGAUUGUAUCUUCCCUCUUCUGGAGUAGAGAGUGGGCUAUGUCGAGAACCAUCCUAGUGAUUAGUCUCUUGCUUGGGACGCCACUGUUCAUUGCGGUGCUCCAUCGGUUGGUCACAGCUUGGUUUCGGCGAAUGGAACGCGCGCAAGAGCAGCAUCUAGAUGCCCUUCGCAAGCAGCAGCGAACCAAAAUAAACGAAAUCAAACGAGCUACAGAUUUCGAUCAUUUACGUGCGCUGCUCGACACAUACGACACCGACGCCAAGCAGGAUACAAGUACAGUCUCUACUCCAUCCACACCUGUUAGUCAAAAUAACCGACUGCUGUCGCGGAGAUCAACUACGUCGCUCCGUCGGGCCGCAUCGAAGGAUGUGCUGCGGCGUCAUCGCAAGGUUGAUUCAUUGCAAGAAAAGCCGAAUCUCGAGGAAGAGGAUGUGGCUCCAUCGUUGGCCCCAGCAAUUACGGGUCUUCCUAUUCUUGGUGUCCAAGAUGGACAAUGGAAUCCUGAGAGUCGCCCUACUGCCAAAUUACCGGACUCUGGCACACACUAUCCUCGAAGCUGGAUGGAUAAAGUGGCCGAUAUGAUCCUCGGAACCGACCCAUACGGAGCCACUCUAGAGGACCAGCAGUAUGCCCUGGUGUGUCGCCGCUGUUUUCGACACAAUGGUCUUGUGCCGAAGAAUGAGCUGAACGAAAUCCUUCCUAAAGCUAACUCGACAGAAUACAUAUGUCCUCAUUGCCACACAUUCAAUUCACGCCGUCCAUCCAGCCGUCCCGUCUCGUCUCCUUUUGCCUCUACUCCUGACACUAAAUCCAAGAAAGAGACAGUGCCUAGCAUGGAGCGUACUAUCACAGAAGAAAGCGAGCCUGCAUCAGAGACGAAACACGGGGCGGAUCUGUCCCGCGGUACGAAAUUAUCGAAGCAGUCUAUGGUCGAUAAUCCAGUCGACGAGGCCAUGCAGCUAGACGAAUAA